UGCCCGGGGCGCACAGAAGGAAAGGUUCCUCAUGCCGCCUUGUGGGCAGGAAGCCUUGAACGGGAGGCCGGCCAGCUGCAUAGCAUGCAGAGCCACGCCAAGCCCAGGAGGAUGGACGGAACAGCGUGCCUGGUGGAGGAGUACGUGCAACAUGGAAGCGUGGCAUUGGCAGUUCUGAGACAGAUAGUUCUGCUUGGCGUGGCUGGAGAGCAGGACAGGCAUGGGACCCAAGGCCGGAGAAGCAGGCUGGAGUCGCACUUAGGAGAGCCUUAUAUGCUAAGCCAAGAGUUUAGUCUCUCCUGAGGGGAGUGGGAGGCUACAGAAGAAUUUUAAGCAGGAGAGAAGCCAUGAUGGGAAUUGCAGUUUAGAGGGCUCUCUGUGGCUAUGACAGGAAAGGCAGGGGCAGCCAGACAGAGUGGGAUGCGGGGAGGCCCGGCGGGAAUCAACGCGGAGGAUGUGGGCUUGUGCAGAGGCGCGUGCCGUCUGCACUGGCCAACCAUAGGCAUUUGAAAGAGGCUGACUUACAAGAAUCAGCUCCUGAAAGCGUCCAGCUAGGCCCAAGGCCAACUUCCACUUUCCUCUGGAUAUUUUCACUUUCGGGGCAUCUUGUUUUGAGUCAAGAUUCCUCCUUCUGAACAUGGGACUUUCCAGAAGGACCACAGCUCCUUCCGUGCGUCCACUUGACCUGGGAUGUUCUGGAUUUUGGUUGUCGAGGGAGUGUGCCCGCCUCUCCGAAGGAUGGCCGUGUGGUCCCUGUGGCGUCUGCUUCUCUGGGAAGCUCUACUUCCCGUGGUUGUCACCGGCGCCCAAGUUCAGGGCCAGGUCGGGGGCUCCGUGCUGCUGGUGGCAGAGCGCCCUCCCAACUUCCAAGUCCGAGACGCCAUCUGGAGAUCGCUCUGGCCUUCGGAGGAGCUCCUGGCCACGUUUUUCCGGGGCUCUCUGGAGACACUGUACCACUCCCGCUUCCUGGGCCGAGCCCAGUUGCACAGCAACCUCAGCCUGGAGCUGCGGCCACUGCAGCCUGGAGACAGCGGCAACUUCUCCGUGCUGCUGGUAGACAAGGAAGGCCGGGCCCGGACCCAGACCCUGCAGCUCAAGGUGUAUGAUGCAGUGCCCAGGCCCGUGGUACAAGUGUUCAUUGCUGUAUCAGGAGAUGCUCAGCCCCCCAAGACCUGCCAGGUGUUCCUGUCCUGUUGGGCUCCCAACAUCAGCGACAUAACCUAUAGCUGGCGACGGGAGGGAACCGUUGACCUUGGUAUCGAGCCAGGUGGCCUCUUCACGGACGGACAGGUGCUGAGCGUGUCACUGGGACCAGGCGACAAAGGCGUGGCCUAUUCCUGCAUUGUCUCAAACCCUGUCAGCUGGGACUUGGCCACAGUCACCCCCUGGGAGAGCUGCCAUCGCCAGGCAGCUCCAGGGAGAGCCUCCUACAAAGAUGUGCUGCUGGUAGUGGUGCCUGUCUUGCUGCUCCUGAUCCUGGCUGGUCUCUCUGCCUGGCACUGGGGCCCCUGCUCAGGGAAAAGCAAGAAGGAUGUCUGUGCGGACGACGUGGCUCCAGAGACAGAGCACCCCCUUGUGUAGGGUCUGCCCUGAGCGAUGCCUGGACCCCGAGGAAACCCACUCCAGUCACAUGAUGCUCUGGGAUGUAGCUGGUACCUGGGAACCACCAUGGACCUCGUACCUCCCAGGAGACUCCUGUACCACCUCCCAGGAGCAGCCUGGGCAGCCGUCACACUGGGAGGACAGGAAACACCUUCACAACCUUCCACAGCCUCCCCCUUCUCUCUCCCAUCAUUGCGUGUCCUGGCUCUGCUCUGGGCAACAUGGACCUAGCAGGACACCCCCUCAAGGACACUGGAAGCUCUCCAGGACCCAGAGGUUGAUUGUCCAGGGCACUCGCUUCCCCACCACUGUUCAUGAAGUAUUGCUGUGGACUGAAUUUGUCCCCUUUAAGUUCACAUGUUGAAAUCCUAACCCCCAGUAUCUCAGAAUAUGACUGUGUAUAGAGAUAAGGCCUUUAAAAAUGUAAUUAAGGUUAAAUGAGGUCAUUGAGAUGGCCCUAAUCUGAUAUGACUGGCAUCCUUGUAAGAAGAGGUAGAGACACCAGGAAUGCACACAUACAGAGAGAAAAGGCCUGGAAGGACACAGAGGGAAGGAAGCCCUCUGCAAGCCAAGGAGGGAGGCCUCGGGAGAAGCCCUCUUCUGUCUGAGUGUCAGAUUGCUCUGGGGGGUAGGGGGACCAUGAACUAAAGUUACACUUAGGAAUUAGCAGAUGGUAGGGUUCAGAAUUAUUCCCUCCCAGGUGUAACUGGAUUUUUUUCUGGGACCUCACUCAAGCCUUGAUGUUAGAGGAAGAGGGCAUUGAAGAAACAGGGGCAGGUUUAGAAGUGUUUUCCCAGGGCGGGGUCAAUCCCUCCACCCAGGAUGUCAACCCCUUGCAAGGGGCUUCCCUCCUCUCCCCGCUUCCUGGGCUGUCACUUCACCUUGGACAAAUGGUCAGCUCAACUGGCCUCCAGAAUCACGUGGCCACUCCUCCACGUGACUAGUCCUGGAAUUUCCCUGCCUACUGGCUCUGCUUGGAGGUCCCCUGCUGGCCACCUGGCUUCUCCUAGCCCUCAUGCCUUUCCUGCAUCCGCUUCUCCCCCAUCACCUUCUUCCAAGUUCACCUGAACAGCGCACAUGGCCACGGCAGCUGGUGCUGCCGCUA